CUGAUAUCGCACUAUAUUUCACGUAGAAUUAUGGCUUGAUAUACAGUCAUUUCUCAAUCAACCACUAUUCCACCAUCAUAUCAUCCAAAGAUAACUGAAAGAAAUGUCCUCAAUCACCUACCAGAUCCUCCCAGGCCCCGUAGGCGAGUGUCUCAAACCCGCCUCCUACUCCACCACUGCCACCGUCCCCGUCUCGCCGACCACCUCUCUCGUCUUCACCACCGGCCACAUCGGGCUGGACUUGAACACCGGCGAACUGGUAAACAGCAGCAUCGAAGCCGAGUUCAGCGCAAUCUACGACUGUCUCGAUGCGGCGUUGAAGAAUGCAGGCGUUACGGGCGGCCUGUUUCAUGCGUAUAAAUUUGUGAGUUUUUUGCUUCGGGCGGAGGAUGAGAGGGUGAUGCAGGAGGUUUUCAGGAAGAGGUUUCCGGGUCAUUCGCCGACGUGGACGACGGUUGUUGUUAAGGGGGUUUUGGGGGAGGGGAUGAGCGCUGAGAUUGCCGCUGAGGGGGUGUUGUUUGCCGAGUAGUUGAUUAUGAUUUAUCUGUAUCUAUCCUGAAGGUUUACUUUCUGAAUAGUGGCUCUAUCAGAGUCCAUAUUGGUGUUUAUCUUUGGUCGAUUAGCUACAUGAACACUUUUAAUGUAUCUACUGGGUGAAUUAUUAUACAAUCAACACAGCCACAUGGUUAUCAACUGC